AUGGCCAAACAACGAACGUGCUGCGGAUGGCUCUGGAGUCCCCGGUUCCACGGCGUGCUGGUGGGUCUGUUGACCCUGGUCAACUCCAUUUCCGCCAUCACCGCCUCGGUGUACCUUCGGUUGAAGUUCCAGGACUUUCAGAAGGUUCCGGAAAACUUGUCCCUUUACUAUCGGUACGCCACGAUCGACAUCAUCUUCGUGGUGAUCGUGCUGCUAGUCGUUAGUGCGUACUUUAUUGGAAUUUUCACGGUGAACGAGUAUUACACCGUGCCAUUCAUUAUUCUGCUCCUGCUCGACUUUAUGGGCUACGUAGCGACGCAGCUGGCCACCACGAUGAGCAGUGACACGCCGGAACUGUUCCGCGGGAAAACGAUGGGCACACUAAGUGAUAUUGCUCUGUACGGUUACAUGUUCCUGACAGUAUUCUUUCUCUUCCGUUCGCUGCAACGAGAUCGGCGCAUGCAGGAGGAACGAUUGCUCGGCUACCGCAGCUUAAGCAGCAGCUCCGAGCAGAUCAUGAUGUGA